AUGGGUUUGCGAGCCACUGCCUUCCUCCUUCAGACUUACCUGAUCCUGGCAGCAGCCAUGUAUUUUGAUCUUGGAGAGCAGGAGGAAAAAUGCAUCAUUGAGGAGAUUCCUGAGGACAUGCUCGUGACUGGUUAUUUCUUACUGGAGCCCUGGGAUGUAAAGGCUUUCUCCCACUCCCCUCACCUCGGUGUCACUGUGACAAUCAGAGACCCGAACCACGAGGUUGUGACGACCAAACGUUACGGUAAAUUUGGUAAAGUCACCUUCACAGCUCACGCCUCUGGUCAACACUACCUUUGCUUCCAAACCAAUUCCACAAGGUUCUCUGUCUUUGCCAAAGAGCGGCUGAAGCUACAUUUGGACGUUCAGAUGGGAGAGCAUGCAAUUGACCGAAACACUGACAAAACCCAAGACAACAUGGAGAUUCUGGAGAACAGCCUCAGUCACCUCAUAGAUCAGAUGAUGUACAUCAUCAGGCAGCAGGAAUACCAGAGGGAAAAAGAAGAGACAUUUCGAGAGAUUAGCGAGGACACCAACAGUAAAGUCCUGUGGUGGGCUGUGGUGCAGACCUCCAUCUUACUGUCAGUCGGGUUCUGGCAAAUGAAACGACUCAAAGAUUUCUUCAUUGCCAAGAAACUGGUCUGA